UAUAUUUAUUCAUAGGGUUUUAUAUUAUGUAUUAAUUUAAGAAGAUGUCUCUGCCUAAUUAAUGCAGUUCCAUGUGGGGGCCAGUAGGGUGAGCACCUUUUUUCCCGGGUCCAUGUCCCCCUCUGACCCACCACUUGUGUUCGCCGCUGAUGUUGAACGUCUUGUCGGAUGGAUGUCCGUGUCCCGGCGCUAGGACCCAGCACACGUGAGCGCCUGUAGUGAUCCAGAGGGUGGAGCCGGUGAACAAUGACUGGUAGGACCAGCAGAUGCAGAACAUCUGAACCCGCCUCCCCGCCUCUCGCGCCCCGCUGGACGAACGGACGGACCGGGGCGGACCGACGGCUACGGACGACCCGGGCUCAACCUGAGGGUUUGUUCAGAGAGCCGAGCCGCGGCGGUGUGAAUGAAUGGGCUCCUCUCCGCGUCUCCUGCGAGUGAAAGUGGAAGUGGGUCAUGUGGACCACCGGAGGAGCGGGAGAUAAACACGCAGCCUCCCGCAGCUGCUUGGCCGGUUAACGGCUCCCACAUCCCGCUUCUCACGCUCCGCAUGUGGCUCUGAUUCCUCCGGACAAAGUCUCAAACUGACGGACAAAAUUGGGACUUCAACUUCUCUGUUCUGGAGAAAUAUUUUUGCUAUUUGAAAGCGAAGAUUCGGUUAGUCGGUUCCGAGCAGAUGCAGGACCAUGGAGGAGAGAGGCAGGUCGCCAGCAGCGUGCCACAGAGCGUCAAGGCGAGCCUGUCUCUCUCCCCCUCCGGGCCGGGGCGAGCGGGCAGCGGCGGGGGGUCGCCCACGUCCAAACCGAGCUACUGCGGAGCGGUGCCGGUGGAGGACAUGCAGGCGCUGGCCAUCACCUCGCUGUCCGCCGCGGACGUAGCCAAGCAGUACGAACACAUCCGGGAACUGGGGAAGGGAACGUACGGCAAGGUGGACCUGGUGGCUCACCGCACGCAGGGCACCAAAAUGGCGCUGAAGUUUGUGACGAAGAACAAGACGAAGCUGAAGAGUUUCCUGCGGGAGUUCAGCCUGACGGGUUCUCUGAGCUGCAGCCCGUUCAUCAUCAAAGUCCUCGACGUUCUGUUCGAGACGGAGGACAGCUACGUGUUCGGGCAGGAGUACGCCCCCGCCGGCGACCUUUUCGACAUCAUACCGCCGCAGGUGGGUCUACCGGAGGAGAUGGUGAAGCGCUGCAUGCAGCAGCUCGGUUUGGCUCUGGACUUCAUGCACAGUAAAAACCUGGUGCAUCGGGACGUCAAACCCGAAAACGUGCUUCUGUUCGACCGCGAGUGCCGCCGCAUCAAACUGGCCGACUUCGGCAUGACGCGGCGCGUCGGCUGCAGGGUGAAGCGGGUGAGCGGCACCAUCCCCUACACGGCGCCGGAGGUCUGCCGCGCCAGCCGCGCCGAGGGCUUCCUGGUCACCACCAGCAUGGACGUGUGGGCGUUCGGCGUGCUGGUUUUCUGCAUGCUGACGGGAAACUUCCCCUGGGAGGCCGCCAUGCCGGCCGACGCCUUCUACGAGGAGUUCCGGCGCUGGCAGAAAGCGGGCUGCCCCGCCGGGACCUACCCGUCCCAGUGGCGCCGCUUCACCGACGACGCCCUGCGCAUGUUCCAGAGGCUGCUGGCCGCCGAGCCGGAGAAGCGCUGCGGCGUCAAGGACAUCUUCUGCUUCAUCAAGUACGAGCUGGUGAGCGAGCUGCGGCGCCGGGCGUCCUACCGAGCCAAACGGGGAGAGAGGUCCAGCUCCGGAGUGUGCACCGGCAGCUGCACCGGGUCGUCUUCGCGUUCCUCCGUCAGACACCCGGAGCCGUCCACGCCGCCGGGGACGUCAUGCCUCCGCCCGGCGCCGCUCAAACGCAGCGUCCUGUCCGACCCGCUGUCUCCCAGAGACGAGGCCGGGCAGCACCAGUCCACGGGCCGAGACAAGAACAAGAGCCAGAUGGUCAUGGCGACCGCCAUCGAAAUCUGCGUUUGAGCGCACUGACGGCUCGUAGUUCCGACGGCGUAAAGCAGCCAUUUUAGAUAAUAAAAAAAAAGAAAAGAAAAGAAAAGGUGAAUAAAUAAAGGACUAAAAGUCUGGCAAGAACUCAGAAAUUUUGAGAAUUUCAUAAAUAUUGUAGAAAAACUUUCAUUUUGUGAGCUCCAAAAGUCAAAAAUUUGCACACAAAUUUUUUUCCCAAAAGCUACAAAUUUUCAACUUUUCACUCGGAAAUUUUUAUCUUUCUCCCAGAACAUUUCUGGGGUCAAUCUCAAAUUUUUUGACUUUUUUUUCUAGUAAUUUUCUAAAAAAUUACUAGAAAAAAUUAUUAGAGAAAAACUUCUGGUACCUCAAAACUUCCAUUUUCUCAGAAUGUUUGGCAUUGAUGUCAAAUUUUGUAAAGAAUCUUGGAAAUUUGUGAUUUUCAAAAUUUAAAAAUAUGAUAGAAAAAAAUUGUGAAAUGUUGAAAUGAACCUCAGAAAUUUUUAAGAAAAAAUUGCAGAUGACCUGAAUUUUCAACUUUUAAAACGCUUAAAUUUUUUGACUUGUGAAACUCGGAAAUUUCCAAGUUUUUUGAUUAAAAUAUCUCAGAUUAAUCUAAUGUUUUUGUUGUUGUUUUACAAAUUUUCUCAUGUCCAAAUUUUCCAGUUUUUUCUAGAAAAUUUCUGAGAUAAAACUCAAAAUUUCUGAGUUUCUUGGUGGAAAUGUACUCCAUUUUUUCUUAUCUAAAUGGCUUUAACGCGCCGUUGUAGAGAAGAGGCGUUAAAGGUGACCUAUUAUGCUUUCUUGGACAGGUUAGGAUAAAUAUACGGCCUAUACGAAACAUGUUUACUUUUUUUUUGCACAAAAUCAUUCUUGGAUAAUGAGAUUUUUGUCAGAAUGAGUUCCCUAAUUGUGUUUUGUCACUUAAAAUCCCAAUAAGCUGCUGCUGGCCACGCCCCCCCAAUCAACGUUUACACUCGCGUGAAAAUGGCUGCAAACCGAUCUGCAAUUAUACAGCAGUACAUCUUUGAAAAGCAGAAGUGGAGUCUCCUGUACAACCAACAAGAAUACAGCAAGUGGUUUCUGGAUGUUAAGUCAACAGCUAAACACUUUUACAGCGGUAAAACCAGCUAAGCAAAUGUGCUGGAACUCGGCAGCUGUUGCUAGGUAACGGGGCUCGUCUGGGGUUGCUAGGUAACGGUGUAGCGCCCUUCAAUGUGACUUAACAAGCAGGAGGUUUUUGAAACACUAAAAAACCUGAACUUAUUGCCAGAAAAACGAUUAUUUGAUUUUUUUUAAGAUCUUGUUCUGUUUUUCUAAAAGCAGUAGAAACCCAAAUGGAAGCAGAAAAACAUGUAAAAGGUGAGUUUUGCAUAAAGGGCCCCCUUUAAUGGCUUCCACAGUGACACGGUGCAACAAGAGAGGUACUGAAACGUUAAAGGAGAAGCUCAGGAUCCAAACCCACGCUGGGGGAAACGGAUGCCAUCAAUCAGCGGCGAACUGUCGGACAGCCUGUCAGUGAAACUCAAUUCCUUUUGGGGUUGAUUUGUGACCAAAGACUGAUUCCUGAGCAGAGAAGCCAUGCAGGCGGCGGCGCUCCUCGUUCUGCCAGUCGGACAUUUCCAGCCCAAACGCUUUGUGGUGGUGCUAAUUAUGCUAAAGUUGCUUCACUCCAUGUUCCACAACUUCACUGCUUGCUUAUCUGCAGUAAAAUGUUACAGUAAAGUCAGAUUUCGUCACUUUAUAGCUGCAAACUUUGAGAUUUUAUGUGAACUCAAAGUAGGACUGGGCAACAUGGAUUGAAAAAUUAAAUCUCAUUUUAAUCUAUUUUAUUUUUACUUCAUUUAUGCAAAUGACAAGUGGCUUUUAUUUAUUUAUCUAAUUUUGAUUUUAUUUAAUUAUUUAUUAUUUUGUGACAAAAACACUUAACCCUCUUCGGAAAUCAAUAAUCUUAUCAUCUUUUAUCUCUAUUAUUUCCAUCAGACUUUCUGUGCAAUAAAUUAUUAAACUCUGAGAGUUUUAGUUUAAUAAUGUCAUAUUAGCAGAAUAAAGAUGUAAUUAUACCAGAACAUUUUUAAAAUUACAAAAAGUUAAUCUGAUUGAGCAGCUCGGUCUGUUUUUCUCUUUAAAAUAAACAUUUGUUUGCAGAAUUGUUUCAAAGUUCAGCUACUGAUGAUAAUUUGGAACUAAUUUGUUGUAAGAUGAAAUAUUUCCUUAUUUUUAAAACUGUUACCAAAGUAUAACUUCAGAAGAUGAUCAACAUUCCUCAUAAAAUUAUUCAUGUAUUUUCUUAAUAUUACAACAUCAUUGCUGUAAUUUGAAAAGAAAAUUGUAGUCUCAUCCUAAAACCCAAAUUCAAAGUCCAAAUAAAUAAAAGCUGUAAAAGAUAUUUGUCAAACAAAAUGGCCGCCAGUGACAAAAAUGGUCAAUUUUCCAACAAUUAAAACUUAAAAAAACAAAAAUUUGAUAAACUGAUAAAACUGAUUAAUCGCCCCGCCCUAACUUGAAGAAACCUACUAGGUUUGCACUUGUAGAGAUUUAGUUUUUGUUUGUUUUGAGAAAGAAAAGCAUCUCUGAAGCAUGAUGCUGCCACCACCCAAUCUUUCACAUAAAAUCUACACUGAAGUUUGUGGUUCUGAUGUGACAAAAUAUUGGAGAUUUAAUGUGAGUAAUUUGGGUAAACAAGUCAGAAAGAACAAAUUAAUUAGAUGGUAACUGCAUUUUACUGCCAUUUCUGAGACUUCCUGUUGUCCUCCAGUGCAUAAAACCAGAUUUAUCCAAGGGAAAGAAUUACUAAAGCAGAUAACAACUAAAACCCUCAAUGUAGCAGCUUGGAUGAGACGUGUCUUUAUGACGGUGUCUAGACUCGAGAGACGGACUCUCAGCGCUAAGAAUCAACUCAGGACUCUUCAGUGGAAAACUUCCUGUUUAAUCACUGAUGGAAACUCGUGUGGAGGCUGGAGGACGCAGCUGGCACUUUUCAAUGACUCUCAGCGACUCGUUCUGCAAGGCGCUACGAAACACAGAGAUGUCGCACUCUGGAUGAAAAAUGUGUCUAAAAGUUUUAAAAGCACAACGUCUUUUUUUAUUAGUAAUUACUGUUAGAGAAAGUUAUGACUAAGUUGUACAUAGGUUGAUAUUUGCACCAUAUAAUCAGGUAGUUCAAUGUAGCUGAACUCUUUUUCUACAACAGUGAAGGCGUUUCCAGUUCAUAGUGUAUGUAGCAAAACCUACCAUCAUCGAUCAAAACAUCUAGAUGGGUGAUCUAUAGCGGUGUAGCGUCUUCUGUUAGUUUCACUACCAUACUGUUCUGGUUUUGAUUUCAAUUAAUCUACUUUUUAUCUUCACACAGACUGACACAAGUUAGCAUUACUAAGACGAUAAUGCAUUUAUCUCCAUUUUAUGCUUUGAAAUUUUAAGAAACAUUUUCACCAAAAAUAUGGGAGGGUACAAUUCAGGCUCUCAGAGGAGCUAACGUAGAGUUUCACUUCGCUGGAUGUGGGUGGCGGCCAUGUUGGAUGUUACCUUUGGGCUGCUCGGAGUCCUCCACCUUUCCCAGAUAUCUUACAGUGUUUGCUUGUCAGCUGGGAUACAAAAAGAAUAACAUCAGUUAUUUCAUUUGCUGCCGUUACAAAAUCUCAAAAUUUGUCUAAAAAAAUAUUUUAUAUGGUGUCUUAUUUUAGUGCAACAAUAAACAGCAUUCAAAUCUAAAGGUAUUUUAUUAAUAUAUCUGACCCGGUGAACACAAUAGACAGUGUUUCAGUUUUGCUUUCAUCAAAACCAUUUUGUAACAAAUGACUGUCAUUAGCUGACAUGUGAACUAUUAUUUCUGAUGGACUGUUACUGCAGGAAAUCGUAAAAAUAAUUUAAUUUGAUAUCUGGUCAGGCUAUCCUUCCCUUUAUCCUCUGUAUCCUGAUCCAGUGUUGGACAAUUUUUCUGCCCUCAAAUUAGUUUUAGAAUCUAUUUGUAUAAAAAUGUACAGGCUGUGUCCUUAAAAGAGGUAGAAACAAAAUGUUAAUAUAUGUUGAAAUAAAUUUAUGC